CCAGAGAGGAAAAGUGACACGACGUUUAUCUUGAUUCAACAUAAAAUAAUGACUAACACUCAGGAAAAAAUUGUGAUAUAAAAUAAAUAUAUAUUGAAGAAAAUAUUAAUUAAUAUUAAAGGAUGAUGAUGUGUAAAACUGUUUUCUGUCCGUUUCUGGUAUUUACAAUUCCCAAUCCUCAACCUAUUUUUAACCUAGGAUUGUUCUCUGUUUUCACAAAUAAAAAAAAUCGGUCAAUUUGUGAGGAAUGACAAUUUUCAUAAUACACAUACGAACUUUAAAUCAACCUUGGCGCAACGCCUUGCCUUAUCAUAUUUAAAUGGCCCACCGUAACUGCAACAUGGUAGCGUUCCAUCCCCCCACCAGUAUGUAUGAUCGUAACGGUAUUUAGUCUCAAGAACCGCGUGCAUUUGUUAGACGUCACGUCACGCAACGUUGUUGCAUGACCAGGCGCCAACUUUCUCCCUCGCUUGUCCACUUUUCAAAGGCAUGUUGCGCGGUGGUGUUGCGCAUCCUUCAACCUUGGCCGGACUGUACUGCGUAACUGCGUAACAUGGAGAACAUGGAGUGGAGUGAACAGCUCACGUUGCAAUUGAUCGAAGUUUAUCGCACUAAAGAAGAACUGUGGAAUACAAAACAUCCGAACUAUUACAACAAAAUUAAGAAAAAUGACGCUUGGAAUGAUCUUGCGGGACAUUUUCAAACUACGGCGAAUGAGUGCAAAAGAAAAAUUAAUAAUCUAUUGUCGGGGAUGAGAAGGGAAAAGGUGAAAAUGAAAAAAACUCAGGGGCGCUCUGAUGUGUAUGAAAGCAGGUGGUACGCAUUUAAAAAUUUACUUUUCCUCUGGGACAAAAAUAACAUAGAAGCACAAAGCACAUCGAAUUUUGAAAGUGCUGGCGGCUACUAUGAGGCAGACGGAAACAAAGAGCAAGACGACGACUGGUCUGGGAAAUGUCAAUUUCUAUGGAAGGAAGACACGCAAGACUUAAAUACCACGAGUUUUACAACUCCUGCGAACAAAAUAAUUAAAAAGGAACCGAACCCUUUGGAAUGCGUACAACAGGAGGGUGAAGGUGCGAGAAGGCGUACGGAAGUUGUGUACGAAUCCUCAGAAAGUGAAGCCUUCGGAAAGCUGGUUGCUGCAAAACACGAAAAAUUGACUCCCACUCAGAGGAUGUAUGCCGAAAGCAUAAUAAUCAACACUUUAAACAAAGCUUUACUUCAAAAAUUAACCGAGAAUACAGCCCUUAGCGACGCCACUUAGCCUUUUUAAGAAAACACUUAACUUAUUUCAACACCGAAAAAUUACUCAAAUGUGUGGGGAAUGUUAUGUAAAAUAAAUACGUAUAUUAUAUUCAAUAAAAUAAUGUUCAGGUUUAAAUAAUCCCUGUGUAAAACUACUUUAUGUACUUUUAUUGUAUGUAUAUAGUUUUAAGUCCAGUAAAUUCAUGAAGUCAGGAAUACAAAUAAUGUAGUCUGCCUGAAUGAAAUGAGGCGGGAAAAAGUCUCUAUAUUGCCUCCAAAGUAUUAAUUAGAUGUUUCGUGUAUGGAUUCGAAAUGACACUUUCAUAAACAAAAAUAGUUCGCACAAGGGCCUUAUCGAGUAAAAGUAAGCUGUAAGAACUGCACAGGUCAAAAGGUUCUGACUCCUACAGAACGAGUUAAUCCUGGGGCGAGUUCCUCACUGAAGAUGGAGCAAUGCCGGAACACGUUUGAGUAGUUCUACAAACCCGCGAGUGAAGACAAUAAGUGAC